AUGGGAAGGCGACCUUACUGCUCCAAAGUGGGACUUAACAAAGGAAUAUGGACGAAGCUAGAAGAUAAAAUUCUUACAGAUUACAUAACAGUCCACGGUGAAGGAAACUGGAACAAUCUUCCCAAGUUGGCUGGUCUAAAACGUUGUGGAAAGAGUUGCAGGCUUCGCUGGAUGAAUUAUCUCAGACCAGACAUAAAGAGGGGAAAUAUAUCUCCAGAUGAAGAGGAUCUCAUUAUCAGAAUGCAUAAGCUAGUUGGAAACAGAUGGUCACUAAUUGCAAGAAGACUUCCAGAGCGAACAGACAAUGAAAUAAAGAAUUAUUGGAACACAAAUUUGAGGAAAAAAUUGGAACCUCCACGUACUUCCAAGGUUACCAAGAGUAAGCGCAAAUUCACCAAAGAGAAACGCCCAAAACAAGCUUUGGGGCCUAAAAAUAGUGUAGAGUCAUCACCGCCGGCGCCGCCUGUGAAACCAAUCCGUACCAAAGCCUUUAGAGUCGUCACAAGAAAAACACAAACGCUAAUAAGGCCUACAGAAAUCAAAAUCCCUAGUGGUGUUGAUGAAGAGGGUGAAAAGUCUAAUGGAGAAAUAAUGGUUAAUUGUCAUUUGAUCGGAGAUGGAGAGCCUGCCCAAGAAGUUGCGAAUUUGAUGAUUGAAUAUUCUUGCGCAGGCCCUCAAAUGAAUGACACUACCAUUGGACCUUCAAGUGAUCACGCAUCUUCUUCACCAAUGUGGGAUGAACAAGGACUUGGGGAAUGGUUCAAUUCUAGCAGCUCUAAUUGUAAUGGCUUCAUCACUAGCAGCUUUGAGGAAGAUUUGAAUUUGAUGGAUUUUCUAUCAGUAGCGAAUUUUUUAGAUUUUGAUGAAGAAUUAUCAUGA